AUGUCUUCUGAUCGCAAUUCACCCCCUCUGCCUUCCCCAGGCGCUACCGACCGUCGACGCUCCUCCUUCACAGGCCAGACAUUCCACGACCUCUUCGGUCGUCAGAGCAGCAUCUCCGGACAGCAGCAGGGCCCCAUCACCACCGCUGCUGCCAACGCCCAACGACGACGCCUCUCCCUCACAACCAUCGGCCUAUCCGCCUCUCCCAACCAAUCCUCCCCCUUCCAGCAAGGCCGAUCCCGCACAGAGAGCCUAUCCAGUGCCAACUCGGGCUCUGUCGACGAGAGCCCCUUCGAGGAUGAUCCGGCCCCUUCCGCUGGUGCCGGCAGCAACCCAGCAACACCCUUCGCCCGUCGAUUGAGCUUUGGAGCGCGCGCAAUGCGGGAUGUUAGGCAGAGCAACGGGAACAUUGGAAACACCAAUGGUAGAUCUACCGUCCUUAAAGCCUCCACUCCCCCGACUGCUAGAGGUCGAGGCAAUGCUUCCAAUUCGGCAGCAGUGCCUGUGCAAUGUUCAACUUCUUCUUCUGCGUCGUCUGCGUCUUCUGUUCUCCCACACCUUCUCGUCGAACAUUACAAACAACACCCCGAUCAAGCACUUGGUGAACGCGAGCUGACAUCUAUUCUCUCUACUACAGGCGAAGGUUACAACUUUGCGGAGAACCUCCGCUCCCGCGCCGAACGCGGAUCCAUCUCCGGCUCCCUCCCCGGUGCUCAUUCCAGCCACCUCCCGAACCCUCCGUAUCAGCAUCAGCGCGCCAAAAGUGUCACUGUCAUGGAACCUCCCGCUCAAGAAGACGAAAGAGAGAAGGAGUCAACGAAGAGGACGAUGGUGGAGGAGGUGAUACAAGCUCGACCAGCACAGACGAGCGAUCAUGCAGGUCCCGGGUUACCCCCGCGCUGCAAGUUUCCCAAGUACGACUGGAGACGAAAACGAAAACAACAACAGCAGCAGCAGCAACCAAACACGGAACAACGAUAA